UGUCACGCGGGACACGUCGCUGACAUCAAAUUAAUACCUGACAACAGACAUUAAAUUACAUUUUGCAUACUUUUAACACCGAGCAUAAAAGUUGCUAAUACUGGCUUGAACAUGACUGACACCACGACAGAAGUAGACUCAGAGAACACUGAGGCCAAGAAGCCCGUGAAAGAGAUCCCCGUGGUGCAAGACCAAGGAUUCUUCCAGCACGACACCGGCGACACUUAUGACGGCUUCUUCGAGGCUAAGAAGAAAGAUAGAGUCGCCAAAAUGCAUGGUCCAGGGCUGUAUACCACGGUGGAAGGAGACACUUACAUGGGCACGUGGGACGCGGACAAGCUAGGCGGGAACGACGAGGUGACUGUGGCCUUCACAGACGGCUCCCGUUACGAGGGGUUCUUCAAGGACUGGAGCUACUCUGGACGCGGAAGGUACUACUACCCCGAUGGCAGCAUCCUAAGAUGUGACUUCAGCGAAAAUUCGCCUGUUGGUUUCUUAACUCUCUCAGACCCGAACGAUCACAUUUGGUUGGGCAAAGCCGAGCAAGGCUACGGCUGGUUCGAACCAGUGAACCACUUCUACGAUAUGCUGGAGAAGACCAAAGAUUCCGGGAAGUCCAGACGUCGGCUGAAGAGCAGUGCACCAGACUCCAAGUCGUCUCCGUCGAAGUCUAUUAAAUCUAUAUCCAAAGUUAAAUCUUAGGUCUAACUCAAACGUUAAAGACGAGAAAGAAGUGUUGUAUUAUUAUUUAUACUUACUUACUUACUUCUGAAAGUCAUUAG